AUGUCUACUACAAUGACUGGAAAUCAGUCGAAAAAGCACCAAAAACGAUCUCGGGGUAGUGAUGCCGCCGAAAAAGUAUCGCGAUCCAGUGAUGACCGAACUAAACGGCGCCGAACCUCCGAAGUCAACGAUGCCCCAAUGAAGCAGCUUGCGACCCCGUCCAUUGGUGAUCCCCCGUCGCAAGAUAUGGAAAAGCGGAAAGGCUCUGCACCAUGGUCGUUCUCGCGCCCAGUCGGUGGUCGCUACAGCAAUCUGGAUCCCAUUUUGACUAAGGAUGAAGCGUAUCUGUUCGUGGGACUCGAUACGGCCGUCCAAGUUUUCUCCACCUCGACGUCUCGUCUGCUGCGUACCAUGCAGAUGGAAGCCGGCCAAAGAGUGAUUGGGUUUAAAAUUUGCCCUAUUGACCAAGACACUCUUUUCAUUUUCACCUCCGGUUUCGUGACCAAGUGGAACUGGCAAGAAGGCAAACGACACGCCCGCUGGGGGACAAUUUCCUCGAACAUCGCGGUUGAUUUACCAACCAUUAAGAUCGAAGAGCACUCUGCGACUUACUUCUCUGUCGGAACCCAAAAGGAUGGGAAACGAGAAAUCUCGGUCAAUGCCCUGAAUGAGAAAAAGCCGGUGGGCACCACUGUUCUUCGGACCAACGAGAACCUCAAUACCAUCAAAAUUGCAUACGAGGGACGAGUCAUCUUCGCCAGUGAUGGGACUCAUCUUUUCUUGGGCACGACAGCCAAGUCCGGACUCGAAAACCCGGAGUCUGCCCAAUAUAGUUGGAGAGAGGCCACGCUCCCAGCUACCGCCACCAGUCUUGACCUGCGAGAAAGCUCUUCUACGAAAGGCCCAGAGGCGGUUGAUCUGGUCGUUGGAGAAAGCGAUGGGUCUAUCCUGAUCUACCAAGACAUCUUGAAUACCCUUUUUGGUCGGAAUACAGACAAGAAAUUCUCUCCCAGAAAGAUGCACUGGCACCGAGGCCCUGUUAGCACGGUGCGAUGGUCUAUGGAUGGUAACUACAUCAUUUCGGGUGGCCAAGAAUCGGUUUUGGUUCUAUGGCAGCUGGAUACUGGUAGGAAGCAGUUUCUGCCCCAUCUUUCGUCUCCUAUUUGCAAUGUUAUCGUCUCUCCAAGUGGCAAUUCCUACGUUGUGAAGUUGGCCGACAAUUCAGUCAUGGUCAUGUCCACGAGAGAAAUGCAGCCCUCCGCUACUGUGACCGGACUGCAGCUAGCUUCGGAGGUAGGAGGCCACAGAGAUCCUUCCGCGAGAAAGCCAUUUGGUUCCGUUGCGGUAUUGCACCCGCAGCACCCUGAGCGCCUUCUUGUUGCUGUGCCGGCCUCUCACUCCAGCCAGCAAGGCUCUCAACGAUCAAAUGCUGCCGUGCUGCAGACAUUCGAUAUCCGUGCCAACAGUCAUAUUUCUCGCCAAGCCCUAGCACGGACUAAUACCACGACAUUGAAUGUCAGCCCUGAAGGAUCUCCGAUAGUCGCACCUGAUGUUCGGCUCAUGGAUAUCAUGCAUGAUGGAAAGUGGUUAGCUACUGUUGACACAUGGACCCCGCACCCUCGGGAUAUCGAAGCCAUUGCCUCAAGUGACUCGACGUCACUGCUAUCAGAAGUUUUCCUCAAGUUCUGGAAGUGGAAUGCUUCUUCUGAUAUGUGGGAAUUGGUGACAAGGAUUGAUGCGCCUCAUUUCUCUGAGAAUCGCUCAUCAACCGUUCUCGGCUUGGCGGCUCGUCCUUACUCUCAUGAGUUUGCGACACUUGGAGCUGAUUCUAACCUCCGCUUUUGGCGCCCAACUACUAGACACCGCAGUGGUCUUAAAACAGAUCCCUCGGAGCCACAUCUGGAUACCUGGAAGUGCCGAAGCUCCGUUGACUUGACGGGGUGGCUCGAUAAUGCAGAUGUUCCAUUGAAAUCGGCUUCUAUCAGCUUCUCCGAGGAUGGCUCUGUGUUGGCUGUCUGCUUGCCAUCAGAUUCGGGCUCCAAUGACGGUCUUGUUCUCCUCGUUAAUGCCCAGAACUGCACUGUUCAUUAUCGACGGACGGGAGUUUUCUUCAAGAACCCCUGCUCAGUCAGAUUCCUUGGAAGAUAUCUGAUCGUUGCCGCCACAGGAUCCGUUUCAGUUUGGGAUACCGUCGACGACGUUGUCAAGCCCAUUCACCUAUCUGACUCUGUCGGUACGGUUGAUACUUGGAGCCCUCUCCUUGCAGUAAAUUCUAGGACUCAGUCCUUUGCAAUUGCUACCCGAGGCACCGACAGUAGCUCGAGCAACGUGCAUAAGAAACGUCGCAAACUCCGCUUCCACAUCAAAAUUUACGACCUCCCUUCUCUUAACUUAGUGUUCCAAGAGAACCUUGGAAGCUGCCCUCUUGGCCUCCUUUCUGAUGCAUACUCCGGCGACUAUAUCGUCGUGGAUGCUACAGCCAGUGUUCAGCGACUUGGCUGCUUGGACAAGGCAUCUCAGAAGAGCCUGCAGCCCCACGAAGUGACCAGCCAUCUGAACUCGGGGCUGGCAAGUAUCUUCAGCCGCGGACAGGAGAGGAUUUCUAACCAGGCUAUCGACGAAGACUCCUCGGCUGGUCAAAGCAAGGGUCUGGCCGGUGUGUUCGGCGAAACACCUUCCUUCUCUUUGCCCUCUAUUAGUGUUCUCUUCAGGAACGUGGUUCGGACCCUGGGCUCCAGCUAG